AUGUGUCUGACAGUAAGAGUCCCCCAUCCUGUCCUGUCAGUGUCUGUGUCCUGGCUCAGUCCUGGGGCCUCUGUCUCUCUGAGCUGUGCUGUGACAGCGCCCUCUGCAGGAUGGAGCUUUCACUGGUACAGGGCUGUUCCUCACUCACAGUCUUACACAUAUGAGCGGCUCCCAGGGGCCAGUGCCGCCUCUAAACACGACUCCUUCAGCCUCCAGGGCCUCAACCACUCAGUAACGUUUGUGUGUCAAACAGAGAGAGGAAGUCCCUCCUUCUACUCUGAACACAGUGACCCCUCCUUUGUCUGGUCUGGAGAGGCUGAGUCUCCAGUGUCUCUCUCGGUCAGUCCUGACAGAGCACAGCACUUCACUGAUGAUGUCAUCACUCUGAGUUGUGGGUUCAGCUCCACUGGAGCAGACAGCACAGUCUGGAGGAGGUUUUCUGAUAACACAUUAUCAUCACAACAGUGUCAUUGGAGUAAAGACAAGUCUAAAUGUGAGUUUUAUUUACCUGAGAAAACCAGUGCAGUGUUUUGGUGUGAGUCUGGAUCAGGAGAAAUGAGCAACGCCCUCAACAUCUCAGUCCACAGCGACAUCAUUCUUAUGAGUCCAGUGAGAGCAGUGACUGAGGGACAGUCUGUGUCUCUCAGCUGUAAAAUCAAGAAAGGGACUUUUACUUCAGUCCAAUUUUAUAAAAAUGGAAAAAUUAUUCAAAAUGGAACUGAACCAGAGCUCAACAUCACUGCAGUGUCCAGGUCUGAUGAAGGCUUUUAUAAAUGUGAGGGACAAUGGAAACCAAGGCAACGGUCAAAACCAAACACUGUCAUAUCUCCAGAGAGUUGGAUGUCGAUUAAAAGUGCACCCAAAGGUGAGCUCUCUUCUUUUCCUGUGAUGUGGGUGGUUGGACCUGUGUGUGCAGUGGUUUUACUCAUAAUACUGCUGCUUCUGGGUCGUUGUUUAAAGACUAAAGACGUGCGCUUUCUGAGGACUCAACGAACCAAUCAGAGCUCUGCUGAAGAUCAUGUGACAAGCAAUGACCACACCUCCCCUACAGAUGGUGAAAAUGUGACAUAUGCCCAGGUAAACCACCACAAAAAGAAGCAAAAUCAAGGUGAAAAUGUGACAUAUGCGCAAAUAAACCACCACAAAAAGAAGCAAAAUAAAGAUGCUGCUCACUCCCUACUUGAACUAAAAUAUAUGAGAGAGAGUAACAACCCCCCACAAGACGAGAGCUGUAUUUAUUCUAAUAUUCAUCCACACUCUUCAGGUGAAAAUGUAACAUAUGCCCAAGUCAGCUUCCACAAAAUGAAGAAAAAUAAAGCAAAAACCACCAUGGAUGACACCAUUUACUCUCAGAUCAACUAGAGCUCAAUAACAAUGAAAUCUUAAUGAUGAAUACAACUUUUUAAGCAUUUGUGCAUGUUUAAUAUUGCUUCAUGAUAUGUAUUUGUGUUUGCAGAUUUAUUUCAUUAUUUUUACUAUGUAUGCGCUAAUGUAAAAACAAUACACAGUGAUGGUUUCAUAUUUUUAGCUAAAUUCUUUAAUAAAUGUUCAUUUUUUGCAAAUUA